GCCUGUGCAGGCGGGCCGGGGAGGGGCCGGGCCGGGCGGAGAGCUUCUCCCCUCCCGGGGCCAGGGGACGCAGCGGGCAGCCGCAGCCCGGCUUCUCCUCCUCCUGCUCCUCCUGGCCGCCGAGAUGGGCAGCGUCCUCCCCGAGCCGCCCUGCCCGGCCGCCCCCGAGCCCGUCAAGCCCGUCAAGCGGGGCUUCCACCGCCGGAUCUUCGUGAACCGGAGCUUGGCGCUGGAGAAGAUCAAAUGCUUUGGUUUUGAUAUGGACUACACCCUUGCAGUGUACACAUCUCCAGACUAUGAAGAGCUGACUUUUGAGCUGCUGCUGGAGAGGCUGGUGUCCAUCGGGUACCCGCCCGAAAUUCUGGAAUACAAGUACGACCCUGCCUUCCCCACCAGGGGGCUGAUCUUUGAUGCCCGGUAUGGGAACUUGCUGAAGGUGGACUCCCAUGGCAAUCUGUUGGCGUGUGCGCAUGGCUUCCAUUUCCUCAAGGGGAGUGAAAUCUGGAAUUACUACCCAAACAAAUUCAUUCAGAGAGACGACACGAAACGUUUUCAUAUUCUGAACACUUUGUUUAAUUUGACAGAAACCUACCUCUUGGCCUGUCUCGUGGACUUCUUCACUGGUUUCUCUAGAUACACGAACUGUGAGACCGGCUACAGGCAGGGCAACCUCUUCAUGUCCUUCCGCAGCAUGUACCAAGAUGUCCGAGAGGCCAUGGAUUAUGUUCACCUUUCAGGCUGCCUCAAGGAGAAGAUGCUGAAGAACCUGGAGAAAUAUGUGGUGAAAGAUCCCCGUAUUCCUCUUCUGCUGAGUCGCAUGAAGGACGCAGGGAAAAUGUUUCUUGCCACCAACAGUGACUACAACUACACGGACGCAAUCAUGACAUACUUACUUGACUUCAGUGAAGGAAACACGCAGCACAAAUCCCAGCAUCGACCCUGGCGCUCUUACUUUGAUCUGAUUGUUGUGGACACUCGCAAGCCCCUCUUUUUUGCCGAGGGAACUGUGCUGCGGCAAGUCAACAUAGACACGGGGAAGCUGCGAAUUGGGACCUACACAGGACCACAUCAGCACUGUGCUGUCUAUUCUGGAGGUUCCUCGGACAUGAUCUGUGACCUCCUGGGCGUGAAGGGCAAGGAGAUCCUGUACAUUGGGGAUCAUAUCUUUGGGGAUAUUCUCAAAUCUAAGAAGAGGCAAGGAUGGCGCACAUUCCUGGUAGUCCCGGAAGUGGCGAAGGAGCUGACAGUGUGGACAGAGAAGAGUGAACUCUUCGACGAGUUGAGGCGUCUGGAUGCUCUCCUGGCUGAACUGUACCAGCACUUGGACAGUGGAAGCAGUGAAUGCCCAGACAUCAGCUCCAUCAAGAAGCAGAUCCAGAAAGUCACCCACGAGAUGGACAUGUGUUACGGGAAGAUGGGAAGCCUCUUCCACUGUGGCUCCCGUCAGACACUCUUUGCCAAUCAGCUGAUGCGCUACGCAGACCUCUAUGCCGCCUCCUUUGUGAACUUCCUCUAUUAUCCUUUCAGCUACGUUUUCCGGGCCCCAGCGGCUCUGAUGCCGCAUGAGUCAACUGUGGAGCAUAUAAAAAUGGAGACCACCGAGAUGGACUUUAUGCACCAGCUCAGGCAGCAGAUGGAAUGAGUUGCACUUGGAGUCAAGAUAAAUUGCAGCCAUACUUUGGCUUGUUUGUUUUGUUUUGUUUAUCGUUUUAAUUAAUGGGGCCAAAUCUAUAUAUAUAUUUUAAAUGUGUUUUAAUAUUUGUAUUUGAUGUUUUUAUUUGGCUGUUCACCGCCCUGAGUCCUCAGGGAGAAGGGCGGUAUACAAAUUCAAAAAUAAAUAAAUAAAUAAAUACAAUUAAGAUCAUUUCACAUGCAA